CUCCUGGAUCCCCCCUUUCCUUUGCGGUCCCCCCUUCGCUGCUCGUCAGGGCAGCUCGCUUUACGGCCCGGCGGCAAUGGCGGAGGGAGAGCGGGCGGAGAGCAGCGGAAGCCCCGGGCGGCCGCCGCAGGAGGGCGAGUCGGGGUCGCUGGACCGCGCCGAGGCUCUCAAGACGCAGGCGAACGACUUCUUCAAAGGAAAGGACUAUGAGAACGCAGUGAAGUAUUACACCCAGGCUAUCGAACUCAAUCCCACCAACGCCAUCUAUUAUGGCAACCGGAGCCUGGCCUAUCUGCGGACGGAAUGCUACGGCUACGCCUUGGCCGAUGCCACCAAGGCCAUCGAGUUGGACAAGAAGUACAUCAAAGGCUAUUACAGACGGGCCACCAGCAACAUGGCUCUGGGGAAGUUCAAGGCAGCCUUGCGGGACUAUGAGACGGUUGUCAAGGUGAAGCCUAACGAUAAGGAUGCCAAGAUGAAAUACCAGGAGUGCAACAAGAUUGUGAAGCAGAAGGCAUUUGAGCGGGCCAUUGCCAGUGAGGAGCACAAGCGGUCUGUGGUCGACUCCUUGGACAUAGAAAGCAUGACCAUUGAAGACGAGUACAGCGGCCCGAAGCUGGAGGACGGGAAGGUGACGCUUGCAUUCAUGAAGGAGUUGAUGCAGUGGUACAAGGACCAGAAGAAGCUGCAUAGGAAAUGUGCCUAUCAGAUCUUGGUGCAGGUGAAAGAGGUGCUAUCGAAACUCCCUACCUUAGUAGAAACUACAUUAAAAGAGACAGAGAAAGUAACUGUAUGCGGAGACACUCACGGCCAGUACUACGAUCUCCUGAACAUAUUUGAGUUGAACGGGCUGCCGUCGGACACAAAUCCAUACAUAUUUAACGGGGACUUUGUGGACCGUGGCUCCUUCUCCGUGGAAGUAAUAUUAACGCUCUUUGGUUUUAAGCUGCUAUAUCCGGACCAUUUCCACCUACUGCGUGGGAACCAUGAAACAGACAAUAUGAAUCAGAUCUACGGGUUCGAGGGGGAAGUCAAAGCCAAAUAUACAGCCCAGAUGUUCGAGCUGUUCAGCGAGGUGUUUGAGUGGCUUCCUCUAGCCCAGUGCAUCAACGGCAAAAUAUUGAUAAUGCACGGAGGGCUCUUCAGCGAAGACGGGGUGACGCUAGAUGAUAUCAGGAAGAUUGAAAGGAAUCGGCAGCCUCCAGAUUCAGGGCCGAUGUGCGACUUACUCUGGUCGGAUCCUCAGCCCCAGAACGGCCGGUCUGUCAGCAAGCGUGGCGUGAGCUGCCAGUUCGGGCCGGAUGUCACCAAAAGCUUCCUGGAGCGUAACCAGUUAGACUACAUCAUCCGCAGCCACGAGGUCAAACCGGAGGGGUAUGAGGUGGCCCACGACGGCAAGUGCAUCACCGUCUUCUCAGCCCCCAACUACUGCGAUCAGAUGGGCAAUAAAGGUUCCUACAUCCACUUGAAAGGCUCAGACUUGCGGCCAGAAUUUCACCAGUUCACAGCAGUGCCUCAUCCAAAUGUCAAGCCAAUGAUGUAUGCCAAUUCGCUGCUACAGUUGGGGAUGAUGUAAGCUGCCCUUCGCCUCCCUUCAGCACGGACCGCCCGACUGGGACCCCCUCCCCCUCUCCCCACAUCUUCUCCUUCCUGCCUGGAGACCGACCUGCUAGGCAAACGACUUUUUUGGUUUUAUUUUUUGGGGGUUUUUUUAAUGAUUUCUUCCAACAUCAGCCUUCACUAUAAAGCAGGGGUUGUUUUUGGCAGGGGACUUGCGGGAAGGGAGGGGGAGGAUAAGCCCGAGCAUCUUCUAGGGGGGAGGGUUUGCUAAGGAUUGCAUAAGUAACGCAUCCCUGACCCUCUCUUUUACGUGCUGACAUCGCACAGAUGAGAAGAAAGGCAGCCAGAGUGUUAGAAAUGACUGAUUUUUUUUAAUAUAUUGGAAGAUUGUAUUUAUUCCCUGUGUUCUCAGACUCCCCCCCCCCCGCUCCCCCCUUCUUUCUUCCUCAGUCUCCUUCCAAUUUGGUUAGACUCUCCCUCCCGCGUGUGCAGUCUAGGGGGAAGGGAGGGCGAAGGGAAGGGGCUUCUGUCAGCUGACGUGAUGCCUCUUGCCUCCGUUCCCUCCCGGAUGCCAUUUUCUGGGUGCUGCAAAGUGUGGUGGUGUUUGGGGUGCCAAAGCUCCACACACCUGUGUCCCAAAUACUCUGUGCCCCUUUGUCACAGCAAACAAAGGGGGUUGUACUGGCAGAGAAAGAAGGUUGGCGGGGGGGGGCAGGCCCCAGUGGGCAGCUCGUGUCAAGGGAAGCCCACGUCUUUUCCCCCAAGGAGCUUUGCUCAUGUGCAGCAAAGCUUUGUGGGGGGUAGGGUCUGUUGGCAGCAAGGAAGGGAAGACUCUUGGGCCUCUGGACUUCAACUUAGGUGGCCUGCCGGCUCUUUCCCCUCUGAUACAUGUUUACUGUCCACCCCACCCCCCCUUAGGUGACCAAGCCUGAAAGUUCCAGGCUGGUAUGGUAAUCUGUCCUGGGGUGGGUCAGGGAAGCUGUGGGAAACAUGGCUACGAAUCUCUCCUCCCCCCCACCCCACCACACCCCAUCUGUGCAGGGGAAGUCUGGGUGAACAGGAGGCAAUUAGUCCAUGGGCUUGCUUUUACUCAUUCCUGGCCAACAGCUCUUUCUUUCACCAGCAGUUGGUCAACUUGUAAUAGUGGAUAGAUCCAAGCUCUUCUUCCACUGGAGAGCGUGCAUGGGGGGGCGGGUGCUCAGGUGGUGGAGUGAGGAAAAACACAGGGCCGUUCUUUGGCUUUUAGGACCUCAUCAUUCCAGCCUGGAAGAGUGUGUGUGGGGGGGGGGGAGUGCUUUGAGGGAUCUUUGCUGCAGAAUUCAGAAUUUGAGGUGCUCUGGGAAGAAAAAACUAUUUCUGCAAGCUGUCUUGGGAGGGCAACAAUUUGGGUGCAGGAUUUGCUUCUGUGAGUGUCUUGUGGGGAGGAUCGUAUGCCGUGGUCUUCAAACCAUACUGCUCUUGAUAGGGAGAGAAUGACUUUCUAGAUCCUCCCCCAGCCCUCUUACAGCAGAAAUUGAGGGGGGGGAGGGGUCCCCCAGUUUUGAGGGGCUGCAGAACCAGGCAGUACAACUGUUGCAGCUUUUAAAGGCCCCCCCCCUUACUUCUCUUUGUGCCCUCCCCAAACCUUCGGACCGCCUGUUCUCACUCCUGCUCUGGCAAGGAAUAUUCAUUUCAGCUUUUCCAAACCGAAAUGAUAUUUCUUCUCUUUAGCCAGAAAAGAAAAACCAGCAGAUUCCUGCCCCCCCCCAGCACUUUGGAUGUUUCCCCACUGCUGACCAUGGAGGUUUUUUAUACAUCCAGGAUUCCCUUCCUGUUCACCCUCCCCCAUUACUGAGCUAUUUUACUGUCUGUAAUUAAAAGAUGUUAAAAUAAAGUAACUAU